AUGCUCGUUUUCCGGUUCAGUCUUUUUGUUUUACUACUCGACUAUGCCAACGCCAUUAUCUUUGUUAACGCGCGCGUUUGGGGCAAACUACCGAUUUGUUCUCUCGUGAUGACGGAGGCGUUGCAGCUUCAGUUGUUGAACCACAAGCUUCAGCUUCAACAGGUCGAAGCUGCCCUAGAGCUUGAUAAAGACAAUGAGGAAUUGCAGAAAUUAAAGGAGGACUUACAAGAAGUCAUUAACCUUACACUCCAACUUAUUGACAAACCGACUUCUAAUGAUGAGUGCUCCUGGAAGGUUGGCGACAUGUGUAUGGCCCAGUGCUCUAGAGAUAAAUUAUUUUACAAGGCGAAGGUGCUUGAAAUUCUGGGGAAUAGUACGUGUGUCGUUAACUUCGUUGACUAUGAUACAACAGAUAUCUGUCAGGACCUUACAAUCCAAUUCAAUAGUGGAAACGGAUUUCUUUUAGAUCUCUCGAUUUCGUUCACAUCGGAAAUGAUUGCACAAAUGAAGCCAGUUACAAAUGUGUCCGCUCCUAUCCAAAGGACGAAGAAAGAGGUUAGACAUCGAUUAAUUGAAAAAAAGAAGCUGAAGAAGCAGAAAUUAGCCGAGCGGCAUGCUGAGAUUGAAAAAGCAUGUGAAAAGGAGAAAAAUCAGUGGCUUAAUUUCAGCAAGAAGAUGAAUAAGCACAAUAAGACGAAGAGGAGUAUAUUUGCUUCGCCAGAGACUGUUGAUGGACGAGUUGGGGUUGGCACUUGCGGCAUCGCAGGGCGACCAAUGACGAAACUCCCGAGUCAUCACAGACUGAUGCGCAAAUGA